AUGGAGCAUAUCCGCACCACCAAGGUAGAGCAAGUGAAAUUACUAGAUAGGUUCAGCACGAGCAAUAAGUCACUGACGGGAACUCUAUACCUUACAGCAACUCAUCUGUUAUUCAUAGACUCAAGCCAGAGAGAGACAUGGAUACUACAUCAUCACAUUGCUGUGGUGGAAAAACUUCCUUUGACUACUUCUGGCUGCCCCCUUGUCAUCCAGUGCAAGAACUUCAGGAUAGUUCACUUCGUCGUUCCCAGAGAGAGAGAUUGUCAUGACAUCUAUAACUCUUUGCUUCAGCUGUCAAGAACAGCAAAAUAUGAAGAACUGUAUGCCUUCUCCUAUAAUCCAAAACAAAAUGAAUCUGAGCAAGUCAAAGGUUGGCAGCUUAUUGAUCUAGCAGAAGAAUAUAAGAGAAUGGGAGUGCCGAAUGCUAACUGGCAGUUGUCCGAUGCGAAUCGUGAUUAUAAGAUUUGUGAAACUUAUCCUAGAGAACUUUAUGUUCCUAGAACUGCAAGCAAGCCCAUAAUUGUUGGUAGCUCCAAGUUCAGAAGCAAAGGAAGAUUCCCAGUGUUGUCGUAUUAUCAUAAAAAUAAAGAGGCUGCAAUUUGCAGAUGCAGUCAGCCUCUCUCAGGUUUCAGUGCCAGGUGCCUGGAAGAUGAACACAUGUUGCAAGCCAUCAGUAAAGCAAAUCCUUCAAAUCGCUACAUGUAUGUCAUGGACACCAGGCCGAAGCUUAAUGCAAUGGCAAACAGAGCUGCUGGGAAGGGCUAUGAGAAUGAAGACAACUACUCUAACAUUAGGUUCCAGUUUGUUGGCAUCGAAAAUAUUCACGUAAUGAGAUCCAGCUUACAAAAACUUCUGGAAGUUAGUGGCACAAAGGGUUUGUCUGUCAAUGACUUCCUGUCUGGUUUGGAGAAUUCUGGAUGGUUGCGUCAUAUCAAAGCUGUGUUGGAUGCUGCUGUCUUCCUAGUCAAGGCAAUAGCGGUUGAGAGCGCGAGCGUAUUAGUGCACUGCUCAGAUGGCUGGGAUAGGACUUCCCAAGUUUGUUCUCUUGGAGCUCUCUUACUAGAUUCCUAUUACAGAACAAUCAAAGGAUUCAUGGUCUUGAUAGAGAAAGACUGGAUCUCUUUUGGGCACAAGUUCUCUGACAGGUGUUGUCAGUUGGAUGGUGAUCCGAAAGAGAUCUCACCAGUGUUCACCCAGUUUUUAGAAAGCGUGUGGAAUCUGACUGAGCAGUUUCCACGAGCCUUUGAGUACAAUGAAGCUUUCCUCCUUCAGAUCCAUGAACACGUCCAUUCAUGCCAGUUUGGUAACUUCCUUGGAAACUCUCAAAAAGAGCGAGAAGAACUAAAAUUAAAGGAGAAGACAUAUUCCUUGUGGCCGUUCCUUCUGGAUGAAAAAAAGAAAUAUCAGAAUCCUCUGUAUAAUCCAGACUUUUCUCCAGAACUAACUCUUUUGGAGCCUAAUACAGUAUCAUUCAAUUUUAAGUUUUGGAGAAAUAUGUACCAUCAGUUUGAUCGAAGUAUGCAUCCCAGGCAAUCUGUGUUCAAUCUUAUAAUGAACAUGAGUGAACAAAAUAAACAACUGGAGGAAGACAUUAAAGAACUGGAAGCUAAAAUAAAGCAGAGAAAUGGGCGGUCAGAUGCAGUCCUUGUGAAGGAACAUCAGCAGUCUGCUCAUCCUGCACCCAUGGCACUGAAGACCCCUCCGUGCUUCAAGGAGCAGCCACUGAUCCCUGUGAAUGAUGCUGUAAGAACUAUAGAGGGCAGCAACACAGCAGACAAUCGCUACAGUGAAUUUGUGGCAGAGUUCUCAAAAGCUGAGCCUGCUGUUGUCAGCUUGGAGUACGGAGUGGCCAGGAUGACCUGCUAAUUAAAAUCUGGCACGGGGCUCCUCUUCUAGACUGAUUGAAUUAAGAGAGAGAUUAUUUUGAGGAUGGGUCUGUGCUGCAUGACCAAAACAUGAUUUGUAUAUUGGCAAGUUUUGUUAACGUAGACUAGAACAACAUGCUAGUUGUCAAGUGUUUGCUGUUCUUUUAAGAAAAAAAAGCGUAGUUGUGUUUUAAAAGAAAUAGGGGCAUUUGGUAAGUAGUGACUAAAAAUCAAGGAAUGGUAUGUCUUUGGACUUAAGUCAGUUUGCACUAAAUUGAUUAAAACAGUAAUAUUACUUUAUUCGGUAUAGGAAAACACAGGUGGUCUUUCAUGGAUUGAUUUUAUUUGGGCAAGAAAACUUGAACUUUCUAUUUUAAGAACGGAGGCUAUGUGUAUAUAUCACAUAUGAUAUGAAUAUAUACCCUUGUUUAAUGUCACCCAGUACUAACUUUCAGUGUAUUUAAGUGCCAUGGAAAAGUACGAUAUAUUUCAAGUCAUAAAUAGUUGGCCUUAAACCUGUCAGAUCAAUGAUAUUGUUGUCCUUGACUAUUGCAGUCUACCUGGCUCUGUUUACAUUGUAUUUGCUCAAAUUGUUAUUUCCUUAAAACAGGACUGAAUAUAAGGAACGAAGCAUGCCUAAGCUGGCACAGCCUUUCGGCAAAUAGCUAUAUGAAUGUAAUUUAUCACUGAAGACUGUUCUUUCUUCCAGUUCCUUUAUUGUUUAAAAUGUAAUAGAUUGGCCUGAUUUUCUUCUGUGGCAGCUCAGUAGAUUGAGCAUCAUUGAAGCUACAGGUUGUGUCUGACCUUAAAUGUUUUGAUUUGUGGCAAGGUAUUUACAUGUAGAGUAAAAAGAGUAAAAUGUGUCAUGUAAGAAAACAAAAUUUAGCUAAUAACGGAAUUGUCAAGUUCAUUCAGGUUGUUUACUAGUGCUGUGCAGUUGUUCAAGUUGCAAGAAUGGAAGCAGAAGUUUUGGAAGUGUAGUCUACUGAUAUUGUUCCCACGUACAAAAAAGUCAUUCAUGUGUCCAAAGCUCACAGGGAAACUGAGUGCCUCCAAAAUCUUUCAUUAGAAGAAAAUUUUAGUUUUUAGUGAAACCCCCUUCUCAUCUUGUAAAAACUUGUUCAACCUGUGCAUAUUUUAAGUAAUUUCAGUACAGUCUGGAGACUUUUAUGUAAUUGGAGAGAGGACAAAAACUUCUUCUAGCAGGAUGCAGUAGAGAUCAUGGGACGUAAGAAAAAAGGGGGAAACUUACAGUUUGUAAGCUUAAUUAUGUAUCUGUAACCUUCUAGUAAGGGAGAAGGUUUUUGCUGAAGUUUGUCCCAUGAUGGAUUUUCUGAGCAGAUAACAGAAUAGGGAAGAAAAAUGCCGGUGCCUAGUUCUUAAAUAGAGGUAUAAAUUAUAACUUUGGGUAUUAAGAUCCCUAGGUAUGAUGUUAGAUUAAUGCUACUGACCUUGUAUCUCUGGAUUUAAAUCAUCUUUGGUUACAAGUGAAAAUGAGUUUAUUCUCAUCCUAAUCCCUGAAGUCUGUUUUAUUAAAAUUACUGGUGUGCCACACAAUUUGACAUAAUUGGCAGCAUUUCCCUCUGCACCAUAUUGGAUCCAGGACUCUAUUAACAAGGCCAGUAUAGGUCAUGAUCAAGUUGCACUUGUGAAGCUGUCUGGGAGAAAUUAACUGUGACUCCUGUAUUUGAGUUUUAAUUCACCCAUUUCACUAAUUUGUUUUUUUAAAAGCCUAUAAGUGUAAAUAAAGGCUUGUAAGUAUUUUUAUUUCCAAAGAUAUGAGCAUAGUAUCAUCUUUAAAAUACAUUAUCCAGUCAUUUAAACACAUGUAGAAUUUCUCCACUACAGGUUUUGAUAGUUUCACGUUUGCACAGUGGUGCCUUACAGGGUUGCAGCAAGAGAGGUUUUUGUGCCUUGUUAUUUAUUGUCUCCCCUUCUCCCUCACCUUCUGUAUCAACAUGGUUCUAUGGAUUUCCUUUGGAAAAACAUCUUGUAUAUUAAGCUUGUGUUGUAUCACAGUAGUGACAAAUUUAUCACUGACAAAAUAGGUAAGUGUUAUCAAUUUGUACUUGUUUGUUUUAAUAUCUAGCUGCUCUGGUGUGCCAUGUACACUUUUCAUAUUUAUUGUUUAGAGUUUAUAGACUCAAAAGAUUAUAUUAAGAUUUUUGCAAAUAUUGUUGUAUGUUGUUUUUACUUUAACAACCAUCUGAGCAUCCCUGUAUACAAGGCUUUUAAAGAGAAGGUCUGUUCCCUUUCAGUGCUGUUAAAAUGAGUUUAUUUCAGUCUUCAGGCCCUUUUUAUUGGCAGAGUUAACUUCUUAGCAAAAGGAAUUGGGAUGCCUUUUUAUUUUAGAUCAAGGUAGGCAUGUUAGGUCAGCUUUAAAAUGCUAUAAAACUACCUGCUCAAGCACAGAACCUGUGUCUUCAUCAAAAAAUACAAUACUUCCUGAUCUGAAGUAAAUAUUUUACUCCAGUUAAUAUGUGAAUAGAGUUCUAUAAGGCUGUUUUGUAGAGCAGCCUUCUUAUAAAGUCCAGGUAGCUCUGCCAACUCAGCCCCCAGGGUCACCAGUGAGAAAAGUUCCUGCAGAGAGGCAGCUGUCUCUUCUCAUUUGCUGUUUAGGCUUAAGCCAAAACUACCUAAAGCACAUGGGACCUGUGGUGAAGUAAAUAGAUGGUAGCAAAGUGAGCUCCAACAGAAAGCUUGGCAGGAUGGCCAGGACUCAGCACAGUGGGGCUGUUCUGUGUCCUUCAAGAAAGGUUUAAAAAACAUCAAGCAAGUUGGCUAAAAAACUGUGGCAGAAGCCUUCUGGGAGCAGAAAGAAUUUUAAUUAUUAUUUCAGUGGAUGAGGUUUUCUUCAUCCUGAACAUGGUGCUUCAAGAGCAGUUACAAUACUGAAAGGUGCCUGGUACGGCUCAAAGUAAUGUGCAGAACACUUUCUCUUUCAAGCUGCGGCUUUAAUGUGUAGUUGGUGCACUCACCAGUUGCUUGGGAAUAUAAUGUCCCAGAUAGAAAGUUGCUAUAGUUGAUUCUGCUCCAUCGGCUGCAAGACUUCGGCACCUGUCAGUUCUGUGCUUCAUCUUGAGAAAGUCUCUGUAAAGUCUUUGGGUUUCUGUUUUGUGCUGUGCUUGAUCUUUUUUCCAAUCUGAAUGCUAUAAAAGAGAAAUAAUUCCUUUUAAUUAACCAAGCUGGUAGUCUCACCUGAGCAACUAAAACUGAUUUCACUUCGUACUCCAGGCAAUUUAAAACAUUUAUUUCACUAGUACCAAAAGUUAGGCUUAUUUUUUGGGAGACUUACUGUUUUCAUAGUGUAUUCUUCAAUACAAGUUUAAAUAUCCAACUGUUCUGUUUUGUAGGAUGACUGCCAAAUCAACAGACUAAGAAAUUAAUUAAGCAACACUGAACUGAGCCUGUGCACUUUCCACACAUGUCCAAUUACCAGUGACCUAGAUCUAGGGCAAAAGCCUGAAGUCUGGAGAGUCCAUUUAGAGAAUUGGAACAGCAGUUCUUCCAUAAAACUGCACAUCCCUGUGUGGAACAAAUGCCCUAAUAUAAUGUUCUUUUAGAGGGAAAGCUAUCACAAAUCAAGCUGUGACAGUUUGAUGUGUCUCUUCCUCAGGAUAAGCACACUGGAGAAUGCCUUGCUGGGAAAGAUGAUGUGUUCUUCCUCUGUAGCUGCUGUGUUCCUAAGGCCUUUUGAUAAAGUAACAAAUCAGCAAAUCUCUAAGAACUUGCUACUCCUGUUCUGGUAAACUAAGCACAUAACUGGAUGCAGAGUUGGGCUGAAGUGGGGCUGGGGUAGCUUGGCUUAACUACUGUCCUCCUAAGGAAGCGACAUAAAUAAUAUAAAGAAAUUUGAUGUUAAAAUAGCACAGGGCACAUGCUAUCAAUAUCUGUCCUUUGGAGUCCUGUCCUGCUCUUGAGUAAAUGUGGCUAGCAUGAGGGUCUCGCGUAAGCAUGAUGAUUGCUUUCUAGUUAGUUUAAAGAUAAUCUGAUUUCAAAUUAGAUCAUCCCUCCACAGUGGUAAUUUGUAGAUCUUUAGGUCAGAACCUAAAGGUUGCUCUUAAAACUCUUGUUUGGUUGCUAAUAGUUCUAAACCUGUAGCUGAUCAUAGACUUAAGUAUACUGGUCAUGAAACCUAUAUUAACCUUUAGGAUUAGGUCUUUAGAUUAGACUGAAGUCUGCUUUGACUUGCUUUCACCAUUUAUGCCACACUUCUCUCCAAGUGUUGCUUAUUGUGGUGCUUGAUAUCUUUCAGAUGUAACAGGUUUCCUAAUGCUUUGGAAGUUUCAAAAACCUGGAAGUACUGCAGUUUUCUUCCACUAUUCUGAAGGCUCAGAUUAGUGAACAGUAUGGGUGAGCUUAUGAUUGAUCUAGCUAGCUUGACCUGCCUGCAUGUUAAAUAGCAUGGAAAAUCAGCACGGCAUCAUAAUUCAAUGGUGCAACUUCUGUAUGCACAACAGGCUUAAGGAAGAGGAUGUAGUCGGGACCCUUGUCACAGCAUGUAGCAAGGAACAGGACCCUGCUGGGGUAUGACUCAUAAAAAGUAGAAGCAGUAGAGCUGUUUUGAUGUUCAGCAGCAGCUCAGGGACUUGACAUGGAAGGUCAGAGGCAUGCUGCUUCUGAGAUCGGUUUCCAGGUCACAGAGAAUUCAGUGACCUGGUCUAUUAAACACUUGUUGUAGCUAAGCAAUUCUGCACUGGCAUCAAGCAACAGAAAAUAUAUAUGGAUCUGUGUUUCUUAAUCUGCUGGCUUCAGGUAAUAAAUGUCCUGGUGGUGACUUUGAAAUUGGGGUGCAAUAUUUCAUUUAUUCUUGUUUAUAGUUUAACUCUUGAGGUCAGUUGUAUACUGUUUAUAAUUGAGCGGGAUUGUAGUUUUUGACAUGUACUAUAAAAGUCUUUCCCAUCUUGAUGACAAGGUUAGCAUGUACAUAUCUCGUGCUUUGUAUCUCUGCAUAUAUUUCUGCUGAACACUUUUCUUGCAAGGGGGCAGUCUUGGUGAAGUCCCAUGCUGCCCCACAAAGGUGUUCCUCAUUACCCAGCAUUACAGAUUGGUUUCCUUGCUCUGUCUUACUGUUGCUCUUCAAUCUUGUAGUUUAUCUUUACGGCUGUCUGUUGGCAAUGUCCCUUAACAAACAUCUUUCCAUCAAAGAAAACGGGUUUGUUGUUUUUCUGUCUCAGGGAUUUUUACCCCUGAACUAGUGAAUUUGAAAAAUAUUGCUUCUUCUCCCUUUCAGGGCUUCUGAGUGCCUGUUGACUUCCACAGUCAGUUUACUUACACAUUUUAACUUCAGACCUGGCUAUUUAAAAAAAAUAUAUAUUCAAAUAUUGGAUGUGGCAAAGAGAAAGAAAACUGUUUUCAUUGUAAUGUAUCUGGAAAGACUGGGUGUUUCACUAGCCUUUAUUGCUCUGUAACGCUCUCUGUAAAAGUCACUUAUCUGUGUGCUGGGGUCACGCUUGAUGUAUAUUCCUGAAGAAACUUUAGUAAACAGAAUUUUGUAAUAAGUAUUUUAUUUGUAUGUGUUUUGAAAAUCCAUAAAGCUUAAAAUAAAAUGAUCUUAAU